AACUAUCAUUAUCAACACUAACUCCGUUGCGAUUGUUCUACAUCUGGUCAGGGUGAAGACGAGAAGCGGCCGGUUACAUUGUGCCCAGAUGUUCUGAGACCGAGACCUCAUUCACACACAGACCUGACCCAAACUCCCCUCCCAAGAACGCUUUCAAUUCAUCAGCAUCAGCAAAAUGGGGGAACAAAAAAAACAACCAGCCCCCGGAUGUGGGGUUUUGUUUUUUCGCGUGCCAACUUUUAAACCAAGACCACACAUACCAAUUGUUUGCACGCAACACACCAACCAGCGGCCGUUGUUUGCAUCUACCAAUACCGCUGCUGGCCAACCGAACGGAAUGGAUCUACCUGCUGAUUAAUUCCAUCAUUGAUCGUGCUCUGCCUAGAUCCUAUCCUCGUGUCAGCGAUGAGCUCGUUUGACGUUUGAAAACGUACCCAACUAGCGGCGAUACAAUGGCCCAUUUUAAUUCUCGUUCCACCAUUCAGUACCAGCCCAAUACCAAUGCAUUGUAUGAUUGAUUGCACCCAUACAUUGGUAGGGCCUUUCCCCCCAUUCCCUGCUUCACUCCUCAACUGCUAAACGUGAGAUUAGAUUUUUUUUACUUCUUUCCCAACAAUCAAUGACGAUCGAAACUUCGUAACGAUCGAGUCUGUUGUUUUGCUUCCCUUUCGAAAUGAUUUGACAUUCACCCGUACCUCAGUAGGACAGGUGGUUCUGGGCAUCAACAUCAGCAGGGAACGUAACACAGCACACACACACUCGCGACUACGCAAACCCAACAGACGGACGAAUGGGAUUAUUUGUUUGUUAAUUAACCGGUUAUUGGUCGGCCAUUUCCAUUCGACUGAUAUCGUUCGGAAAGGGGUUUUUACACAGGUGGUGGUGCUGGUGGUGUGUGAAAUUCUGCACCCCCUAGACACCAAAUCAACCAAACCCAAGACUCAAUCGAUUCUGUGACGCCGAGAACCUGUUCUGGUGUGGUUGGAACGUGGCACACGAUUCGUUUUCGGGAAGCUUAGAGAAACUUUGUCCGAGCAUCCCGAACCAUCUAUUCGACACAGUUGCUAGAACGUACCGGGACGGUUUGGAAUAUUUGUUAACCUUUCUUAACACCCAUACGUUGCGUUGCGUACACAAAAACCGAAACCUCCAAUGCAAAAAUUAUACAACAUCCAGCCGGAUGAGGGAGAGAAAUAAGUGUACACAGCAAAAUCAACUCAUUGCUCAAAGUGCCAAAGUGUACAGUGCACAAGGAAAACGAUCGCAGAAAGUGAAACAAAGUCCCAAAUUACGCUCUACCCAACCGUCGGCCGUGCGAGAAAAGAGUAAAAAAAACGAAAGUUUAUUUCUUCCCUCUCCAGCCACAGAUUCAGAUUGGCUGGUACCGUUUAGAGGCAAAUAUUCGGUGUUGGCGCAGUGAUCAUUUGGUGCAAGUGUUCAGUAAAAUCUAUUCCGAUUGUUUUGUCGCCGAGACGACAUGCGCUUCGCAACGCGUGCCGUUUUAAGCAUGAUCGCAUCGCAACACACCGGUGCGUAAUCCUUCGAUCGUGACGUGCAUGUGACAAGUAACAUGUGCCCACCAUCUUCUUCUUAAGCUCAAAAUUCGAAAGGUGCGUGAACAGUGUAAAAUACACACGAUAUUACAUACCCCUGCGCAGUGUGUUUGUGAAUGUGCCAUCGAAGCUGAUCGUGAUCGUGUCGCAUUAUCGUCGCUAGUCAUACACGGAGGCCCCACAGUCACGAGUCCUUCCGAAUGAAAUAAUAACUAAACUCUAAGCUGCUCCUGCCCGAGUACAGUGGACGCGUGCCGUAAGCAAACAUGACUGUUUCGUAUUCAGCGGAGGUACCGAACGGUAGCAACUUUGGCGUAUUUUGGCGAAUUCUAUGGAAAUGGCGUGGCAGUGUUUAUAAAGCCGUUUGGCGGGAACUGUUAGCAUAUCUGCUAGUCUAUUACACACUUAAUUUCACAUAUCGUUACGGUCUCAGCGAAGAUGGUAAAAGGGUGUUCGAAAGAAUCCGAACCUACUUUGGCCAACAGCGGGAAACGGUGCCACUUUCGUUCGUGCUCGGAUUCUACGUCAGCUUGGUUGUGAAGCGUUGGUGGGAACAGUAUCGGAUGCUGCCAUGGCCGGACACACUCGCUCUGUUCGUGAGUGCCGCCAUCCAAGGAAAUGAUGAAACGGGACGGCUGAUGCGACGAAACAUUAUGCGCUACAUGGUCCUGUCGUAUGUGAUAACGCUGCAGAAGAUUUCGCUCCGCGUUAAGCGUCGGUUCCCCGGCUGGCAGCAUCUGGUCGAUGCUGGUUUGAUGCUCGAAAGUGAGCGCAAAAUUUUCGAGAUUAUGGACUCCAAAAGCCCCAUGUCGAAGUACUGGAUGCCGCUGGUAUGGGCUACAAACAUCAUCAAUCGUGCGCGCAAGGAUCAGCUGAUCCCGUCCGAUCAUAUCGUGCAGACGCUCUUGAUGGAGCUCUCCGACAUUCGGCGUAGGUUGGGUGGUUUGAUCGGUUACGACACGGUGUGCGUACCGCUGGUUUACACCCAGGUUGUGACACUUGUGCUGUACUCGUACUUUACCGCUGCCAUCAUGGGUAGCCAGAUGAUCCCAACCUACGAUGCGGCGAGCGGCACGUACCAAGAGCUGGAUGUGUUCUUUCCACUCUUCACGGUGCUACAGUUUGUGUUCUACGUGGGAUGGUUGAAGGUGGCCGAGGUGCUGAUCAAUCCAUUCGGCGAGGAUGACGAUGACAUCGAAUUGAAUUGGCUCAUCGAUCGACACAUUAAGGCAUCGUACAUGAUUGUAGACGAGAUGCACGACGAACAUCCGGAGUUGCUGAAGGAUCAGUACUGGGAGGAGGUCGUACCGAAAGACCUACCGUACACUGUUGCAUCUGAGCAUUAUCGGCGCGAGGAGCCGAAAGGAUCGGCUGAACACUACAAGGUGAAGGAGGCGGAUGCGGUCUACGCAAACAUCGGUGCCGUCGGUGGGAAGCGCAUGAUGAACGACGAGAUGUACGCUGACUAUGAAAGCGUAGACACUCCGAUGGCAGAACGACGAAAGGGAUGGCUUGGAAAGGUCAGUCGCAUGGGAUCGGGACGAAGUUCGUCAACUGCUUACUCGUCCGGUGGUCUUUUUGCGCGCAAUCGACACAAUUCUGUCUACUCCAGCCCAGAAGCAGGCCUCGGUCAACCCAUUGUCACAGGGGCUCCUGCCCCUAAGGUCAGCUUGUAUGAUCGGUUCGUGAACCGGAAGUCUGGUCGACACGCGAGACAAAUUAUUAAGCAAAAUUCGAAGCUUAGUCUCAACGGAUCAGUCAUAUCGAACGUACCGCAAAAAGCGCGCCCACGAAUACCGACACCAGACGUGACGAAGGAAAGCCGUGUCGCACCACUCGGUACAGUAACGACAAGUACCGCCAACAUUGCAUCCGGUGUUGCACUAAUGGCGACUCAGCUUGCAAACAAUCCCUCUAUCUAUCCGGCAUCCACGGCCACGCUCAACAACAACGAAGUUCCAGUGGUCGGGACGCUUUUAUUAGCACCGAUCAAAGAGCUAGAUUCCAGCUCGACGACCAACACUUUACACUCAGGCCAAUCCGCAACGGCUUCCCUGGCCAAAUCAAUCCUUCCAUCAACACUCAAGAGUUCCGAGCAAACGUUUUCACGUUCUCGUCCCUACUUUGCAGUGUCCCCGUUUGGGAAGGAUGGCACCAACCUUGAGCUCACACUCACCAACUCAUCCUCGUUGGGUGGGUCACCCAAUCCACUCGGAGGCAACACCGUCAUUGUCCUUCCGGCAACAACUACUGCAGUGGCUGUUUCCGCCAACGGUACUACAGUGACCGGUACUAUUCCGAUCACGGCCGGACCGGGAAGGUCGCACGACACAACUGACGCUAGUACUGGCAUCAGAAGCACUUCGCUAGCAUCGGGUGUGCUAGUGCCGAAAACGGACGCCCUGUUGCCCAUUUCGCUUACCUCCAUUCCGCUCUCGUUUACGGUGACGCCCGUUACAAACACCAGCAGUAAUAGCACCACCAGCACUACCACCACCACUGGCGGCACGAUCAUUACCGAGCUACCGUGUGACAACGGUGAGAUCAGUACGAGCGUCACGAUGAGUAACGAAAAAAACCGCCAACCACCUUCCAGCACUGCGGACAGUUCUUCCUCAGCCGCAUCGACACUAAGCAAACGGAAGCCAAAGCAUGGCGAGGUUUACGUUUAGAAGACUAGCAAACACACACUGGAUUAAUUGUACUAUAGACAAACGUAGCAAAAUUUAACACAGAAUGAAAGUUCAGCAAAGAAGCAAAACGUGAAGAGAUGUGCCAAUUACAAAUUUUCCUAUUUCUUUAUCACUAUUACCACAUUCGACCCGUGAAUCCGUGCUGGAAGGCGACUUACAAAGCCACUGAGCGCUGUGUAUUUGUUCUAGAAAUCGCUGAUACAAAGUAUUGUUUGUUUUAUAAGAAAGUAAGUUUACAUACACGUAAAAGUAAAAUAAGUGUAUAUUUUUACAGCAGCAAAGACAACAAUCAGCAGCUAGUUUUGUUCUUUCUUGGAUCAUCAUUCAAAGACGCGUGUAAACUAAGCUCGCCAGAAAUUAAGAUGCACGAUUGUUCGUCAAUUGUCUUAAUACAAUUCCGUCCAUCGUUUGCCUUGCGAUAUAUGCAUUUGAAAUGUAUUUUAACUAAUUGAUAUACGUGUUACCACGAUAAAGAAGGUAGACCGAGCAAACUUGUUUUAUAUUCGGAUCGGAUUGAAUCUGGUUGAUAAUGGCCAUAUUUUACCAGCCCUAUCGAAACUUUCCUCCCAUUGUGCAUCAUAGGAAAGUUAUAUAAAAAAGGUAGUGUUUAGCAUUUUAAAAACGAGUUUUGUACCAACUGAGAACCGUAAAUGGCAAUCUAGCAUCUAGGUAUAAACAAUUUUUAAAUAAACGUGAUCAUGAUAUUUUAA